GAAAAUUUAGUAUAUAGAGUCCAGUCUUUGUUGGAUCAAAAAUAAAUCCAACUAUUGUUUCUCUUUUUUCUCCAUUUUACUACCUAUUUUUUACUCUUAAUGCCUAGUCGUUCAAAUUCAAUUCUUCAUAUUGGGAAUUUUGGAGACUACCAUCUGCUCCAAGACCUCGGUCAAGGUGCUUGUGGUAAGGUAAAGUUGGCGAUGAAUAACGAAACUGGCGAAACGCUUGCUAUCAAAAUCAUCAAACGUCCUGAAAUUGACGAGGAACAACGUUCGAUCAAUGGAAAGGUUUAUUCUGAAAAGAAAUUCCUUGAAGAAAAACUCAAUUGGGAAGGUCGUGAGAAGAGAGCAGUCCGAGAGACGUCGAUCAUGAAACUCUUACGCCAUCCAUAUGUUGUGAAAUACUACGAUAUGGUUACUACUGAUUCCUAUCACUACAUCAUGAUGGAGUACGCCGAAGGAGGACAGUUACUGCAUCAUAUUGCUGCUGACGGAAUGAUGUGUGAGCCUGAGGCUCGUCAUUAUACUCGUCAGAUCAUCAGUGCGCUUGACUACAUGCAUCGUAACUCGAUCGUUCACAGGGAUCUCAAGGUUGAAAAUAUCAUGCUGGACAGAACUGGACGAAGUAUCAAGGUCGGCGAUUUUGGUCUGUCUAACACGCACUUUCCCGAGAAAAGACUGACGACGUUCUGUGGAUCUCUUUACUUUGCUGCCCCGGAGGUGCUGAAUGGAGAUCCCUACCAGGGUCCUGAGCUGGAUGUCUGGAGUCUAGGCGUCGUCAUUUAUGUCAUGGUUACUGGUCAUAUGCCAUUUGAUGAUGUUAGUGUGCCAUUGAUUCAAGACAAGAUAAAAAAUGCCAUCGUGUCCUAUCCAGAACACAUAAGCGAGUGCUUACAAGACUUGCUUUCUAAAAUCUUUGUUGUUGAUCAAAAGAGACGAAUCAAGCUGGCUGACAUAAUGAAACACGACUGGAUCGAAAAACAUUAUGCUCAAGGUAUCAAGAAUUAUGUACCUAUUCGCAUACCUCUGCACAUCCCAUUAGCUUCCCCCAUUCUGAAUGAGAUGUCAGAAUACUUCAAUUUUGGUACUCCAGAGGAAAUCAGGACCAAGAUGGAAACGAUCAUCGAAUCGCCUCUUUACAAGUUUGCUUCUGACCACUGCUGCUGUGUUGAAUUGUGUAGGCUCAAUAAAAUCAAUGAAGAUCAACUUGCAUUUAUCAAGAGAUGGGGUUUCUAUAAUGAUCCACAAUCAGUCCCUGCUGCCUUUCACCCUUUGCUCUCUGUUUACUAUUUGAUCAGGGAACGCCUCAAGAAUCAGGUCGUACCGUUCGUACCAGACUCACCUAGAUCGGUUCAUUUGUCCUCUGUUUGUAACUCACCUGUUGAUGGAGACACUCCUUCUGAUCAAAGAUGCUCUUGGUUAAAGUUAUCUACAGAAGAAAUGAAUAUCGAAAAGGAAUAUUCAAAGCCUACUGAAUCUCGACUCAUUUCAGCUUCUUCAAGUGAAACGUAUGCGACUGCACAGGGUUUAUCAAGAGAGCAUGAUCAAGUGGCUCAGAGUCAUAUUCACGAAGAGGAUCAUCAUCAUGGAAUCAAGCAUAUCGUUGCCUCAUUGAAUGCUAUAUUCUCAAAGAUAUCUUGCCAACCUCCUCCUCCUUAGAUAAUUUACCAAACAACAAACAAACAAAAAAGCAAGUUUUUCUUUUCAAUUUAAUGAAUUUAUAAUAAAGCAGAAAAGAUGUUGCGAAAAU